AUGAUGCAUGUCAAUCUGAUGAACAACUACUUCAACCCCAACUCGGUGUACACAGAAGAGGAUUUCAGACGUCACUUCCGGAUGAGGUGUUAUGUCUUCGAGCGUUUACUUCGUGAUGUCCAGCAAGUCAAUCCAUACUUUCAACAGAAGCGGGACAGAGCAAGCUACCCUGAUUUCUCACCUCAUCAGAAGGUUACUGUUUCACUUCGAAUGAUAGCCUAUGGCUCCCCAGCUGAUUCGAUGGAUGAAACCCAUGAUAUGUCUGAGUCUACAUUCCUUGAUACUCUUCAACAAUUUUGUGACACAAUUAUUCAAGUUUACAAAGACGAGUACUUCCGCGAGCCAAAUCAAGAAGAUUUGAAUCGGCUCCUUCGCAAAGUUGAAGACUGUGGGUUUCCAAGCAUGAUAGGGUCAUUAGACCGCAUGCAUUGGGAUUGGAAAAACUGUCCCACCGGAUGGCAAUGA